AGGAUCCUCCAACGGUUUUCGGAAUCAGUCGCCAGCGGAGGCUCGUCGUGGAGGCAAGGAUUCUCUUUCGGUUUCGGUUUCGUUUCGUUCUGGUGCCUGUUCUUCAGAUGCUGAUUGGAUACUAAGUGGUGUGAAUCGUGUGAUCAUAAAACAGCAUAGUGAUAACAGCAGCAAAACGAAGACUGGACUGAAUUAAGUGUGAAGAUAUAAUCGGUGUAGCAUUCUCCCGUUGAUAUUCUAUAAUCUUAAAAUGGAACUGUUGCUGUGCGUCGUUUUUCUAGUUUCAACUUUGUCAACCGGUUUUGCACAAGUUCUGCCUCCAACAUUCCAACUGUGCCACCGGAGCGAUCCCAAGUUUGACAAAUGCCUCUCGGAAGCGAUCACCGGUGCCCUUCGUGCAAUGAAAAACGGAAUUCCGGAGUUUGGCAUUCUUCCCAUCAAUCCGCUGGCCAUUUCGGCGCUUUCCAUCCAGCAAGGAGCAUCGUCCCCGAUUAAUCUGAAACAGGAUUUCAAAAAUCUAAAACUAACCCACCUGGCAGAUUCGGUUGUAACGCGAUCAAAGACUGACUUGGACAAAUUUGUGCUGCGUUCUGAAGCCGUUACGCCGUACAUGGAAAUUUUUGGGGAUUAUACGAUGGAAGGACGAGUGCUUCUGUUACCCGUGACUGGACGAGGAUUCGCGAAUAUAACUCUGCAUGGAUUAAAAACAAAACACGAGCUAAUCGGUGAGCCAGUUCAACAAAAUGGUGAAACCUUUAUGCGUAUAAAGAAGUACAAUGUGAAGCUGGAAGAACCUAAGCAUAUGACGAUUUUCUUUGGAAAUUUGUUCAACGGAGAUGUUGCGUUGGGUAAUGCAAUGAACGGAGUCAUGAACGAUAACUGGCAGUUGAUGUUUAGAGAGCUGCGUGGUGCAUUUGAGGACACUUUCGGUUACAUAUUUAAGGACAUCAGCAAUAAACUAUUCCUUAAGGUUCCUAUGAACAGAAUAUUUUUAAAUUAAAAAUGGUGCAGUUACAUGCAAUCAUUGUACAAAUUACUUUGUAGUGCUGCAGUUAAGGCUUCCUUACUGUUGUGAAUAAAUAUGUUAUAAGAAGUA